AUGUCGACCACCACUGCAACAACGACGACCUACCUCCGGCCCGUCGAGCGCCCCGAGCUGCUCCUCGACCUGCAACGGCGUCCCUACACGAUCCAUUCGCCCUCCGACAACGAAAUUGACCAGGUCGACAUCACAAAGGACCGAUACGACCUCACCACGUUCCAGGGAAGGCUUCGCCAUUUCGCCUCGGUCACCUCGCCCCUCACCCUCCUCUCGUCCAAGGCCGAGCUCAAGUCGGCCCGCGACCUCGUCCACUCCUACGAGUCCCAGUUCCCGCGCGACCGCACAAACGGCCGCUUCCUCGUUUCCCGCAACGAUGCACAGCGCUACUGGAAGGCAAAACAGCUCGUAGACUCGAGCGUCCACCCCGACACCGGCGAGGUCGUGCCCCUCCCCUUCCGCAUGUCGGCCUUUGUGCCCACCAACCUCAUCGUAGUGGGUGGCAUGCUCCUGCCCAACCCUACGCUGCCCAUGGUCAUCUUCUGGCAGUUCUGCAACCAGUCGCUCAACGUGGCCGUAAACUUUGAGAACGCCAACAAGUCUGUCCCGAUGGACAUGAAGGAAGUGGGGAUCGCCUAUGCCGCUGCCACGACGUCGGCCGUCGGUAUCGCUGUUGGUCUCACGCGGCUGGUGCCCCGGCUGCGGGUCAGCCCGGGUGCCAAGGCCGCCCUUGGCAAGCUGGUCCCUUUUGUCAGCGUCGCGUCGGCGGGUAUCGUCAACAUCAGCUGCAUGAGGUGGAAGGAGAUCAAGAAUGGCGUCAGCGUCUUCCGGAGGGACCACGAAGGCAACAGGAUCAAGGUCGGGGAUUCAUCGGCGGCGGGCAAGCGCGCCGUGGCCAUGACGGCCGCCAGCCGCGUUCUGACGAACAUCCCGACGCUGAUCCUGCCUCCCUUGGCCAUGGCGUACCUGCAGCGCAAGCGCAUCGUCCCCUCGGGCGGCCUGUGGGCACGGGCCACGGACCUGACCCUGAUCGGCACCAGCCUGCUCGUCUUCCUGCCCCCGGCCAUCGCCACGUUCCCGCAGGUGGCCACCAUCAGCCCGUCGAAGCUAGAGCCGCGCUUCCACAACAUCAAGGACGACGACGGCAAGCCCGUAGACACGCUCGAAUUCAACAAGGGCCUCUAG